AUGUCUGCGCUGGCCAAAAUCCACUUCCGCAGGCCGUCGGACCCUGUCCUGCCCCCGCCCCUGCCGCAGACGACACCGGAGGACCGCGCUCGCGCGCGGUUCUCCCUUGCCGGCAAACGUGCAAUCGUAACCGGCGGCGCAGGCGGCCUGGGGCUCACCAUCUCCACUGCGCUGCUCGAGCACGGGCUGUCCGGCCUCAUCAUCUUCGACCGUGACCUCUCCACUGGAACCGUCGCCGUCUCUUCCCUGCAGUCCUCCUUCCCCAACGCAACGAUAUUAUUCAAGGGCGUGAACGUCGCCGACGAGAUGAUGGUGGAGGAGGCGGUGGAGGCAGCGGGCACGGUGGACGUGCUGCUGUGCUGCGCGGGCAUUGUGGGGGUCGUGGACGCGCUCGAGAUGCCGAUCGAGCAGUGGAAUCGCAUCCUGGAGGUUAAUCUGACGGGGAGCUUCAUCUGCGCGCGCACGGUGGCGAAGCGCAUGAUAGCCACGUCGACCCACGGGUCCAUCAUCCUCACCGCGUCCAUCUCUGCGCACACGACGAACUUCCCGCAGCCGCAGGCCGCGUACAACGUCUCCAAAGCGGGUGUACUGCACCUCGUGCACGGUCUAGCCGCGGAAUGGGCGCGGCACGGCAUACGUGUCAACUCCAUCAGCCCGGGGUACAUGGACACCGUGCUGAACGAGGGCGAGCACCUCGAGGAGCCACGGAGAAUAUGGAAUGAACGGACGCCGAUGGGGCGGAUGGGUAAGCCUGAGGAGGUGUGUGGCGCGGCGGUGCUGCUGGCGAGCGACGCGGGAAGUUUUAUCACCGGGAGCGAUAUUAAGGUUGACGGUGGAUAUACGGUGCUGUGAUGGACAUAGAUGAAUGACUAUGGAGAUUGGCUCCAACCAACCUGAGUGGCUUUCCGGAUGCAUAUGGGAAUGCGAUUCGAUGCAUCGUUCGCGCUACUCUGGAGAAGCUGUGGCGAAUGGAUUCCUCAUACAUUCUCAUGAUGUAGGGUUGUCUGCGAGCCUCACAGAGCUAUGAAAUGGAUAGGAAAGCCUUGACCGGAUAGGCAAUUCUUAUC